GAGCUAGUUGGAGUUGAGGGCGACGACGGGAUCGAGAAGUAAGAGAGGACGAGCUGUGUGCCAAUCCUGGCCCCGGCCGAUCGCGUAGUGUCUAGUGUGACGAGAUGACGGGUACGCGGAUGAGACCCGCGCUCGUCGUGGGCCUCCUCCUGAGCUUUCUAGCCGUUGCUUUACGAGGAGUGCAAUGCGAAGACGAGCAGGUACCAUCCGAGGACCUUUGUCGACCGUACAUCGAGAAGGCGCUCAAGGAUCUCGGCACAGGAUCUUUGGAGCAGACCAGUGCAGAGGUCGGAACCGAGAUCGAUCAAGAGAACGAUCUCGCAGAUGAUGAAGAAGCAUCACCUACCAGCGAGGAAGCCGGCGAGGCAGCAGACGAUGUUUCGAAAGAAGAGACUGAAGACAAGGAGGGAUCGGUAGAGGAAAGCGCUGAAGCGGCUGCUGACGAGAGUAAGGAAGCAACCGAAGAGCAAACUGACGCUAGAGAAGAAAAAGAACAGGAAAUAGAAGAAGAACAAAGUGAAGAAGACGCGACUGAUAAAAGUGUUGAAGAAGAAGAAGCAGAGAAAGCUGAGGAAGCGUCCACUGAGGCAACUGAAGACGAAGAAGAACAAACCGACUCCUCCGAAAAAGUGAUAGAGAGCGAAGAAGCGAGAACUGAAGAAGAUGAAAAGCUCGACGAAGAAAAAUCUGACGAAGAAACAAAAGUAAAAGACGAAAAAUUCGAGGAAGAAGAAGUAGACGACGAAGCAAAGUCCGAAGAAGAAAAGGAGGAAGUCGAUGAAUCGCAAGCUGAAGACGAAGAACAAAAGGAAUCCAAAGAAGCCACUGAAGAAGUAGAAGUUGAGUCUAAUGAAGAGGUAGAAACUCAACAAACAUCCGCGGAAGUCAGUGAAGAAGUUGAACAAGAAUCUGAUAAAGAAGAAGUUGACGGUAAAACUGACGAGGCCGAAUCGAUCGAAGAUCAGACGGUAAGCGAUGAGGAUGAGAAAAGUGAUAUAGACGAGAAGACUCAGGAUGAAAGCGCUGAAGCUGAGAGUGAAGAAAAAGAUGAAGAAAGUGCAGAAGAUGCUAAAACAGCAAGUUCCGAAAGUGUAGAAGAAGAAACAAAAUCAGAAGAAGCAGAGGCAAAAUUUGCUGAAGAAGAAAAAGAGGAAGAGGAUACGACAGCAAGUUCCGAAAGUGUAGAAGAAGAAACGAAAUCAGAGGAAGAAGAAACGAAAUCAGAGGAAGACGAAACGAAAUCCGAAGAAGCUGAAACAAAAUCCACGGAAGAGGAAGACACGAAGACUGAAGAGGAAGAUGGAAAAUCGGAGGAAGAGGACGCAGAAUCCAAAGGAGAAGGAAAUCAAGAUGUAAAAUUACGUAACAAACGAGAAAUCGGUGAAGAAGGCGCUGAAGCAGAUGGCGAAUCUUCGGAAGAAGUUGCCAGUGAUGAAGAACAAGAACCAACUCCAGAGGAGGAUCUGAUUCAAGAAAUCGAAAUUCCGGAAAAUCUUCGACCCAGAGAACACAUUAACCAAUUAUUAAAAUUGGACGAAGAAAAUGAGGCAAAAGAGAGAGCUAUACAAAGAGAAGCUGAUAUUAUUCUUAGGGAUUUGAAGAGACUUUAUGAUAACGCUAUAAAGCCGUUAGAAACUAUGUACAAAUAUAGAGACUUGAGUAAUAGGCAUUUCGGAGAUCCCGAGAUAUUCUCCAAGCCACUAGUGCUAUUUAUGGGACCGUGGAGCGGCGGGAAAUCAUCCAUCAUUAAUUAUCUACUCGACAUCGAAUACAAGCCAAUGUCAUUGAGGACAGGUGGUUUGAGAAAGUGCUUAGAAGAGCAUUGCAAAUCGCCAAAUGGAAAAAAUGACACAGGAGCCGAGCCAUCACCGGCCUACUUCAACAUAAUAAUGCACGGCGAGGAGGAGGAGGUUCUUGAUGGCACCCAGUUGGCCGCCGAUUGGACUUUUUCGGGAUUGCAGAAGUUCGGACAGGGUCUACUAGAUCGUCUCAGAGGCCUACGACUUAAUAAUAACUUGCUAGAAAAGGUGAACAUUGUCGAGAUUCCGGGUAUUUUAGAAAUUCGAAAGCAAGUUCAACGGUUAUUUCCCUUUAAUGAUGCCUGUCAGUGGUUCAUCGAUCGAGCAGACAUAAUAUUUUUGGUUUACGAUCCCGCCAAGUUGGAUGUUGGUCCCGAAACCGAAGCGAUUCUUGACCAAUUAAAAGGAAGAGAAUAUCAGACCCGUAUUAUCCUUAACAAAGCCGACCAGGUAAAGCCCGAAGAACUCAUGAGGGUGCAAGGCGCCUUAAUCUGGAAUAUAUCACCGCUCAUGUCAAGUGCGGAGCCGCCAAUAAUGUAUUCCACGUCGUUAUGGUCAUUACCCUACGAGGCUGGUGCGCCUAUCAGGUUGUUGUACGCUCAAGAACGCGCAUUCCUUCGCGACCUACGUUCCGCAAUAAACAAGAGGGUUGAGCACAAGAUAGCAAGCGCCAGAAGAUUCGCCGUACGAGUACGUAAUCACGCUAAGAUGGUGGACUGUUACCUGACGACGUAUUACAAUCACAAGACAUUCUUCGGCAACAAGCGGGAGAUAAGCGACAAGAUCAUCGAAAAUCCACAGGACUAUCAUAUCUACGAAGGCCUCAGCACUCUCACGAAUAUAUCGCGCUACGAUCUACCAGAUCCGGAUGUCUACCGUGAUUUCUUCCGACUAAAUCCACUUUAUGAUUUCCCAUUGCUGAGUUCUACAUGCACGUAUUUCCGCGGCUGUCCGAUCAACAGGCUUGAUGUAUCCAUCGCCUACGAUCUACCCGAGUUGGUGGGCAACUAUAAGAAGUCGGUAGAGGCGGUGUUGCACGAGAGCGAAGGUAACAGUCCACCGAGUUGAGUGCGUAUUCGCGUUCC